UUGUUCUCUUUAAAUGCGUUAAAAACUUUCUGAUGUUCUCAUAAGUACUUAUCAUUAUUCACGUGUGGUUUGCAUUCAUUCUCAAUUAUGGCCGAUGAAUUACCUGAUUCAUGAGAGCUGAAACACGCCAUACGCUGUCUUUUGGAAGAGCUGCACGGAGUGAAACCCCUUGGACACACGUUGGACAUGAAGAAAGCAACAUUCUGAGGAUAUUCGAAUAAGAAGAAAAAGAGAAAAUGUGUGCUGUUGGUCAUAUCUUGGUGUUCCUGAUGUACCUCUCAAACGGUAUCCAGGCGGUGUCAUUGGCGCGGAAACUUGGCUCCCUGUCCGCUAUACGAAUCAACAAGCUGAACGCGCGGCGUCCGCCGAUUGUAGGGGGAAGCCGCCCGAUGCCGUCCGAGACACACUCCGCUGUCGACCUCAUUGAGCCAGUGGACCCAUCUCUCGACCCAAAAGGUCUCGAAUUGAACCCUCGCAUCCUGCACAAAAUCCUUGGAUCAAACUUCAACCCCGAAUUCAUGUCAGUCGAGCAGCCAUUAGAGAUGAUACUCAGUCCAAACGGGACGUACAGUUCGCCCGAUCGCCACCACAUACCACGCGAUCUCAGACGUUUAGUACGAAAAGUCGUCUCAAAAGACAGUGAUAAUUCAUUAUUAAAAGUUAGCAAGAGAAUACGAAACAAAGUGAAGCGAUUUCUCAUAUCUUAUACGCACUGUUCUGUGUUACAUAAGUGGAAGGACAUUGGUGUGCGAUUCUGGCCGCGCUGGAUUAAAACAGGUAGUUGUGACAGUAAGCAAUCGUGUUCCAUCCCUGCUGGGAUGCGAUGCAAACCCAUGGCAUCAACUAAAUUGACUCUGUUGAGGUAUUUCUGUGUGUCGAAUUGGGAUACGAAGGAGAAAGACUGUUCGUGGAUUGAGGCGCAGAUUCCAGUGACGUCAGGUUGUAAGUGUGGAUGUUAGCUCAGGAUGUGACGCUCGCAUUGGACGCUCGUCCUCGUUGUUCGCUCGACUCGAUCGCGGGCGCCGUGGACAUGGCAAGUGCUAGUCGAGUUGUGAUGGACGUUAGAAGUCAAAAGUCGAAUUUCGUGUGCUGCCAUUGGUGGGUAAACUGUCUCACUGACUAUAUCUCAGAAAUGGCUACCUCUUCCUAUACUGGCACGUAGAUGUGUUCAACUCUUGGAGUUUACAAAUAGUGCUAUAAACUGGAAAAAUUGGGUGUAAAUAUUUUGUACAUAAACAGAUUAUUAAUAUUAUCGUUUUGUAACUUAUGGCCAGAGAGGUAGUUUCAUGGUGUGUAGGACUCCCGUCUGUUAUUGAGCCAGUAAUAUUGAACGUUAGUUGAUUGUGACAUGUCGCUGACAUUUUUAGGCCAGCAUAAAUGCAGGAAAACUUAGAAGCGGGUGUAAAUGUAUUGUUUGUAAAAAAACAAUACAAAAAGUUUAAUAUUUAUCUAAUGCAUGGACCAUAUGAGAGUAAUAAGUAAUGAAUUAGAUCAGUGGAAAAUGACCGCGUCAGUGUUUUACUUAGACUUGUGAUUCAAGAUUUGAAUGUUGGGGAUUACAUUGAAAAGACAAUGAGCGUGUUUUUUCGCUGGUUUCAAAAGAGACCGGAGAUUUGCGGCCAUCGUAACCUUGAGUGAAAGUGACAGGUUAAGUCAGAUUUUGCAAUAAUUUUAAUUGCUGUUUUUGUAGUCAUUAUGACUAAUAUUCAUAGGUGUCGAGGCUAUUGUCCUUUAAUCAUUGAGCAUAAUGUACAAUGUAUUUAUAAACAAGUGUCAUUACUUGAAGAAUGCUUUGCAAAGGCAUGAUAAAGUAGCCGCCAAUACUUGAAACUUGAACUGAACGAAAAACUACAAGAAGUAAUUG